AUGAAGUUCCUCGCCACCCUCGCAGUCGCCCUCCUCCCCAUGACCGCCCUGGCCCGCGUCAUCGCCACCCCGGGCCUCCCGGGCAUCAACGCCACCAUCGACAUCGACGGCGACGGCGACAUCGACCUCACCGCCCUCGGCGGCCCCAUCAACGUCAUCGAAGUCCUCUUCGACCUCCUCAAGUCCGGCAAGAUCGACCUUGUCGACCCCGCCAGCCACCAGACCGCCGCCUGCGAGGAGUCCGACAAAUCCUCCUCCUCCACCGCCGUCGGCCUCGUCAAGCGCGCCAAGGUUCCCGGUCUGCACUGCGGUUACUCCCGCGCCGCUUCCUGCGCUUUCUCCGCCGGUAGUCUGGUCGCCACGUGCGUCUGGGCCGCUAUUGGCCGCGGCAAGGACGUCAAGGAAGACACCAAGUGCAUGGGUGCCAUUUCUUCCAUGGGCGCUAACUUGGUAAGUCAUCAUCUUUAAAUCCAUUCCCCAUCAUCAUCAUUUUUCCUCCAACGCUGACUAAUUCUCUCCUUUUCUCCCCCUUUUCUAGCCAAGCAACUGCAGGAAAUGCUUCGGUCUCCCCGAUUACUAG